CAAACCGAAUUAUCUAUGCCACAGACGCCAAAUGUCGCCAUCGAUCAAUGACAUUUUGUGUAGUUGAAUUUAUUGAUAUAAAGCGUUAAUGUAAAUAAUAAACAAUUUCGUUAAAAAAAUCGGCUUCCAGUCGAUAUGUAUGCCAAGGGCAAGGGCUCCACGGUGCCUUCGGACGCUCAGGCUCGCGAGAAAUUGGCACUCUAUGUGUACGAGUACCUACUGCAUGUUGGUGCGACCAAAGCGGCGCAGACUUUUCUGUCGGAAAUACGAUGGGAGAAGAAUAUAACGCUGGGGGAGCCCCCCGGGUUCCUGCACUCAUGGUGGUGUGUAUUUUGGGACUUAUACUGCGCAGCGCCGGAGCGUCGCGACACCUGCGAGCACUCUUCAGAAGCUAAGGCAUUUCACGAUUACGGCUUCGUCAAUUCUGGAUACGGCGUCAACGGAAUAGGUCACAAUGCCGGCCCAGCACCGCCAAAUGACGGUAUGGGUGGCGGUGGAAUGCCUCCAGGAUUCUUCCCGAAUUCACCACUGCGACCCUCACCUCCUGCACCACACCCAGGGUCACAGCCAUCUCCACACGGACCGCAGCCACAGCUAAUGGGCACAGGACAGCCUUUCAUAGGACCCUGGUACUCUAGUGGAGGGCCGCGGGCCGCUGUCAGGAUGGGCAUGGGCAAUGAUUUUAAUGGACCACCAGGUCAAGGCAUGAUGGGUAACUCAAUGGAGCGCGGCGGGUCGGGCGGCAGCGGGCUGCUGGGCGGGCCGCGCAUGACGCCGCCGCGCCCCGGCAUGGGGCCCAUGUCGCCCGGCGCGUACGCGUCCGGCAUGCGCGGCCCGCCGCCGCAGGGACCAGGAAUGCCGCCGAUGGGCAUGGGUCCGCGCGGCGCGUUCGGCGGCGGAGGCUCGGCGCCGCUGAACUACAGCGGCGGGUCGCCGGGCGCGUACGGGCCGCCGCCGGGCUCCAACGGGCCCCCGGGACCGCCCACGCCCAUCAUGCCAAGCCCGCAGGACUCUUCCAACUCCGGCGGCGACAACAUGUACACGCUGAUGAAGCCGGUGGGCGGCGGGGCGCUGGGGGCGGAGUUCCCCCUGGCGGGCGAACACGGGCCCGCGCAGACUCACCUGCCGCAGCCGACGCCCUCUGAAGGUCUAGGCGGCGUGGACGGCAUGAAGUCGUCGCCGGGCGGCGUCGGCGGCGGCGGGCCCGGCACGCCGCGCGAGGACUCCGGCUCGGGGAUGGGCGAUUACAAUCUAAGUUUCGGUGGACCCGGCGGCGAUCAGAAUGACCAAACUGAAUCGGCCGCCAUAUUGAAAAUCAAAGAGAGUAUGCAGGAGGAGGCGAAGAGAUUCGAGAAGGACCCCGACCAUCCGGACUAUUUCAUGCAGUGAAAAAUGACGUUAGCGUACUGUGGCCGCCAACUUGCCAACGGUAAUGUGACGUGAGCGGGCGCUUCCUGCGUGCGCGCGCCCUUGACGUUUGAUGGCGACGGUAAUGUCACUUUGGGUAGGCCGACACUCUUCUGUUCAUCCAACCGACGCAUCGAACAAUCAUAUGAAAGGUGCUUCUGUGAGACAGCGCUCCGCAGAAAUAUACUAAUUGUAUGUAGACGAAGUUUGAUGUAUUUUGUUAAAGAAGCAAAUCAACUAAGAUUAUAGCGUUCCUUCUAUUAUUGUCAGGUGAUUUAUAUUUGUAUAGAGAGAUGUAGGUGAGAGACAAACUCAGCGCACUCUUUAAUUGCUCGGUUGUAACGUUUACAUGAUAUUUUAGUGUGUGUACACUAUGCAUAUUAGUUAAUUUUUUUAAAGUGUAACAAAGAAUAGAAUUAAAUAAUUUACCGAUUUAACAUAUUUAAAAAGGCUAUAGAUUUUAUUUUACUAAGUUGAGUGAGUUAUAUAUAUUUUUAGCGUGUUUUUACAAAAAGGCGAGGUGUAAUCUGUGGCUACUUAAUUUCACUGUUAGUAAGCACAUAGAGGGAACUUGUAACACGGCGAGAGUUCUGUAGCAAAAAGGUUUUAAAGGAAUCAUUACAACAUCGUUUAGAAGAGGUUUUAAUUUAACGUAACCCUAACCUCACACCGCACUUAUUUGCGAUAAACAUUGCAUUUUAUAAAUCUAAUUUGAAUUUUAAUCAAAGUUAUUUUACAAGAUUUUAUUUUUUUUAAUUAGGAGUGAAUUCGCAAUACCUUAAUGAUUACUUUGUCUUGUAAUUUGUAAAUAUGUAAAAGUACUAUACCAACUUAUAUGCAAAUGCAAACCAAGUGAAUGCAGUGGAUAUUCCGUUAAAAAUAAUAUUGCCAUCAAACGUCAAAUGGAAGCGUUAGUGAGUGCGAUUGACACACGCAAGAAGUACGCCGCUCGAAUUGUGUUGGUAAAAAUCAGACGAUCAAGCCACCGGCUACAUUAAUUAUGAAUAUAGACUGAUAUAGAAAUUAACAAUUUUACAAACAAUAAUAUCAGUAACUGAGAAAACUCGGCCGAACUUAUUAAACCCUGGUUGAUGUACAACUCGCUAUACCAUGCAGUAAUUACCUGGUAAUGUAGAGUCAAUGGAAUAUUAUUUAAAUUAAUAUUUUUUUGACAAAAAAAUUGCAGAUAAUUCUGUUUACUUUUAAUGCCUCAUUUAGACUAUCGGCGAAUAACUUGGCGAAUAAUUCGUGCACGAAUAUAUGACUAUGAAUUAGCGGCGAAGGGUGAAGUUUUUUGUGAUGCGGUCUGUCAAUCGUUCUAAUGAUAUUAGAUUUUACAUAAAUUAGGAAAGGGAUGUCGGCAGGAAUCGGGUUAUAUGGACCCUUUGCCACUGCUAUGAAUUAUGAGAAAUAAACCCGAAUAAGCUGUUUAGACGCUCGUGUUCGUGCAUAUUCGCGUGCACUCGGCAAGUAUCUGAAUGCUAAAUGUAUAAUCGAAUAUAAAACAAUGUAUUACAGUAUCAGGCGUGUAUCCUUCUCGUUUUUCACCAACACAGUUCGACAAUGAUUAAGAAUAUGUUUUCUUUUUGAAUUUUGAUCUCAAAAUUGCAAGAUCCGGAGAGCAGGUGAGUUGGCGUACUAGCGUAACGUUCCAACGAUCUGAUGUUUAUAUUGUAGAUGAUGGAAUGUGAUGAGAUAUCAUACAUAGCAGUUUCCCCGUCUUUCGCCUUUAAUUCGCAAUUUAUUUAUUAUUUUUCUCUUAUAUUUUUAGACCGACGUAGCAAUUUAGUUUUUUUGCGCACAGGCCAUUUUUGGGCUUUUUUGACAUUCAAAUGGGAUCGGGUUUUGAUCGAUCACGCAACGUGUUGUUAUUAUUUGGUCAGCUUCGAUUUACCCACAGUAUUUUCUGAUGUGUGUAUAAUUUUGCGUCGAAUUGUGUACUAUUUUAAAUCGUUUUAUUAUAAAUGCGACUUCUGUGAUUUAGUGAAAAGGCCCUGCUGGCUACAGCCGCAGUCGAUUCGAAUCCAUUUUGUUAUUGUCAGAAAGGACCAAAACGAGCCGCUGUAAUGUAGCGACGUCAAAUAGAUAUGUAAAAUAAAAUAAAAAAAAUAUUAAAACUUAACAAGUGAUUUUCUAUGUAUUAUGUGUUUUAAUUUUAAGGAUUUUAAUAUUUUUUAUUUUGUAUCGAAUAUGUAUGUAUAUUUAAAAAAUCAGAUUUUAUUUUUUUCAGACUAUGAGUAGUACUAUUGGAUAGUUAGCGUUUUGAUUGUAGCAAAUAAAGUAUUUGGAAAUAAUGACGUAAAUGAGUUAUUAAUUUAUGCAAAUAGAAUUAUCUUGUUUUUUGUCAUACACAAGAUGGACGAUUGGCAUGUUGUUAGUAAUUGCUUUAAUGUCCUAUCAGUAAUGAAACGAUCAUGAUAAACUAACUUUCCAUAAGUCCUCAGGACUACAAAAAUUUGCACGUUUUCAUAGCUGUUUAUUGAAUUUCGACUCCACUAGUCCUACUGGCAUUUUUACUGACAUUAACCUGAAAGUUCCGCCAUAGGGCAAAAUAUAAGAUUAUAUUUUUGUUACAAUCAAAAAGUUAAUAAACCUUAUGAAGUGUACCAAUUCAUGUUGACUUAGUGUUGAAAGAUAUCGAUGAAAUGCAUCUUUUGUCGGACUAAACCGUUUGUAUCCAUUGAAAAUGUUUUGAGAUAGUGACAUUCAAUACAAUAUAUUUCGUUUUCAAACCUUAAAAGUAGUGUUAUAUUACUUAAAAAAUACACCAAUUUAAACAUGGAUACAAACAGUUUGUCUAUCGACAUACCUAUGUACCUUGUUUAUCGAUAUUUUUGUCACUGGAGUAAUUAAUGUGGACGAUUUGAUGAAUGUGUUUUUUUUUGUAAUAUCUAUCUGAAAAUCAAUGUAAUAUUGUAUGAUUAGCCGAAACACGUUAUUUUGUUCGUAUUUAAAUAUCUUCCACGGUUUAUAUGCAGCGUCGUGGCUAGAGGCUGACAGGGGUUAAAUUGUUCGUAAUCAGGUCCAAACUGCAUGGUCCUACACUCUAUCAGCUAUUAGGCUAAAUUUACACGCAGGACUUUGUUUCACGCUCAAGUGACGGUUUCGAUACCAGGGGAUACUUACAACAUUUUAACCCAUUUGCUAUCGGAUUAUUGGAAUGUUAGCCGGCUAACAUGAUAGCUACAUGACAUUACACGUGUCACGGAAAAAUAACCUUAUUAUGUAAUAAAUAAUAAGGUUAUAGUAUCGUGACACGCGUAAUAUCGUGUGACUGUCAUGUUAGCCGGAUAACAUGUCAAGCAUUAAGUAGUUCAUAAAUAAAAUCCCGAUUUGGAGAGCAUGCUGUACUGUGACCGUUUGUUCUAACUGGAAUAUUUAGAACAGAUAUUAGUGAUAAAUCGGGCAGUGUACUUUUUAUUGUGAUCAUACGAGUUAUGCCCUCUCUAGUUGUGCAAUAUCCGUCUGCCUGUUUGAUAUAUUAGCACUUGUUGGGUGAUACUUGUGACCUAUACAUGGUUUUUAUAAAUAUAAAUUUACAUUCGUGACAAGAAUUUAUUAUCGACUAAUGUCGAGAGUUGUGAAGGGAUAAGACGAUUCGUGAGGUUGUGUGAGUGAAUUUUAAAAUAAUGGUCGUAGCCUAUACCCUGUCAAUCUCCCUGGUUAUGGCGCUGCAGAUGUGAAAAAAAUAUAAUAAUUUAUAUUUAGUUUACGUGUUCUAAGUUUUAAGCUCUAAUGUUCCUAGAUUUGUAUUUUUUUGAUAAUUUUUAAGCUAACGCUGGCAACUGGUCGUUGCGUCGGUGUGGCACGCGGCUUCGGGCGAGUCGAUGGCUUACAUUGAGGGAACUUGGGCGGAGGCCUGAUACAUACCAUUUAGAAAUUGGUUUUAUAGUUAGAUAAUUUUAGUGAAAAGCGGUAAUACAAGAUUUUUAAAGAAUUGUAAUUGUUUCAAUAUGGUUUUACUAAGGCAGUCUCAAAGUUAAGUUUUAAAAUAUCUUUGGUUGUUACUACAAAGUUUGAGUCAAAACUCGCCUGAAACGCACGCGUCGCCUUUUUUCAUAGAUUCGACGUGCGACAGAUUUAUCCAAAUUGACAAAUGCAAAAUUAUCGUAUUGCUCGCGCGCCGGAACUAGCAUUUAUACGAUUUUAAACUUUAUUGGGUAGUUGUGGAUUCGGUUUUCAAAAAGUAUCAAAAUUUUCUAUAUCCAGUCAAAGUUAUCAAUGCGGUGUUAGGGUAAUUUCCCGGCGAUCAGAGCUGGACAAAAGGUGUUAUUAGUUGUGUCACCUUGAAGUAAAUUUUGUUAGAAUUUAUUAUCUUGCGAAUACUGCACGAAUCAAUACGAUACAAAUAUAAGAAACAACACCGCAUAUAACUUAUACUUUAUGAAAUCACAGCUGUAUAUUAUUCCUUCCUACCUUUUAAAUUAUUUUAUUAAUGUUAAAACGCAAGCUUAAUGUAAUGCCACACGCGUCUGUUGCCAACAUCGUCAAAACUGUAUAAUCUGUUACUCGAGCCAAAUACGUUUAUAAAUAUUUGCUUUUGAAUGAAUUAGAGUAUGUUGUAUAGAAACUACUUUCCCCCUUAUUCAUAGACGUUAUUUAUCUAAGGACGGACCAUUGCUGUGAUAACAAGUCUCAGCUUUGUUUAUCUGACAGCUCGCUAUUUGUUCAGCUUUGUUUAUCUGACAGCCAACUAGAAUCUUGUGUCUCAAUAUUAGCCAAUCACAACGGCCCUAUGUGUACGCACUGCGAGGGCUGCCAUGCCGUCAGCACUGAGAAACAGACUUGUUACCACAGAAAUGCUCCGUCGUUAGAUAAAUAACUUUUAUGAAUAAGGGGGUAGGUAUUAAACAUCUCGUAUGUUUUGCCGAAGAAUAAGAUCGCAUAAAAUAUUUAUAAAUGUAUUUGACGUAACAUGGAAUAAUAUAGUGAAGCGCGCCCGCUGACUUGAGACGUGCGAGGAUUCGCCCGUAUUUUAAGGUAACCACGUCACAAGGUAUAGGCACGUCUCAAGUUAGAGUGCAUCAAUUGUAGAAACAGAAAUGAAGUCGUGUUGAGAGGAGCCGCGGGACGUUGACGAUGAUUUUUGUACCGUGAGAUAGAGAUUUCGAAAAAAAAGUGAAUUUUUCCGUUUUAUUUACAAUGGUAUUUAAUAUUGUAGCAUAAGGAUUUUUAUUUUUAUUUUCUCUUGGGGUGUAUGGAAAUCUGUAUAAUAUAGCAUAUUAGUUAGAGAUUCGGAGGCGGUAGUUGUAAGUGAAGGAGCACCGGCUCUGUCCAUAGUUUCGAGCAACUUUGGGUUCUUUUAGUGAUGUAAUUAAAAACAAAAUUUAAAUCGUACCUCAUAUCGACUGUGGAUAAUCGUUGGUUUGAGUCGAUAAAUGUAAAUAAGAUUUUGAAACGGUUUAAGCUGUGCGUCUUACAUUGAGGGGUUGUUUAACGUCAGCCCGUCAAUGUGAGGGGCGAAAGAUAAAAAUUUUUAUAAACCUUUUUCGUGUGGAGAUUUAAUAUUGAAAAGUCGAUUUUUUAGCGAAAUAUACAAAAUGCACUAAAGCGAACCCAAAUAUUGUAAAAAUGCAGUGUUAAAUAAUAUUUAGUGUAUAAGGAGGACUUAGUGUGGAGCUGAGUAUAAAAUCAUAGAGAUAAAACGCGGUUUUAUAUAAAAGGAAACUGUUAGUGUUGGAAUGUCGAUAGCAAUGGUUACUGGUAGUGUCAGUAAAUGGGAAGAAUUAACGUUUCGUCUAGUAACGCUCCAUUAAUCAUUAAAAUAUUACCAAAAUUCGACCGUUUCAUGAAAUCAAAAUACACAUGCUAUGAAAAAGUAUACUUUAUUGUUACUUUAAUCAGUACGCUUUGAGAAAAUAGUUUCAAUAUCAGUUAGGCCAUGCAUCCUGACAUUCAAUUAAUAUGAUGAGCAUAAAUUAAUUCAAAACCUUUUUUUAACGCGAUCUGAUUAGUUGAAGUUAGCGGGUUUUUGCACAAAUUAUGUAAGGCUUGUAACACUCCUGUUGCAAGUGAAAAAUGUUGGUGUUAUAGAGAAUUUUCGUUGAUGCAGAGUAAGAUUUAAUUUCGCUGUUUAAGUCUCUACUUUCCAAACAUUUAUGGAUACUGUUAGUAAUAAUUGCGCGACAUUGUAUCACAAACGUUAUAUUAAUUUAAUUGGUUUUCAAUGAAAUACGUGUAGCGUGAGGUUGUAUGUUGUUUUUAAGUAAUACUUAUUAUUUUAUUUCGAUUUUGUCGCGAUUUAAGUAAAUGAGUUAUUUUUUUUUUCUUAUCGAUGUAAUGUUUAUAUACCUACAUAAAUAGUUAUUAUAUAUUA